AUGACCCAGUCACGUCAUAUUCACGAUCUUGCCGACGAGCUGUUGAGCGAAAUUCUAUCCUGCUUGCUAGAAGGACCUGGAUUCCGAGCCUCUAACGGCAAUACCGGCGCAAAUGGGUGUAAUGGCCAUUGCUUGGGGGAAUACAACGACCACCACGCGAGUGCCUAUGGCGAGGCAUCUGAGCUGGAUCGCUUUCGACUUGUCUGUAAACGAUUCAUGCGCAUCGGUACCCCACGCAAAUUCUCGAGGUUCAACCUGCGGUUCUCCGAGAAUGGCUUCCGCCGUCUAGACGAUCUGCUGGAGAUGCAGCUGGCCUGCUAUGUGAAAACGGUGACAUAUCUCGUGCGACCUUUCUAUCAAGGCAGCGACUGGACACCAGUACUUCGCACGCUCGGCGCCGAAGCCCCCAAACUCGCGCAAUUGCAUAGCCGCCGACUGCGCGAACAAACUACCCUGGUCAACACCAACCACGACCUAACGCAGCUGCGUGCUGCAAUUGCGGCAUUCUCGGCACUGCAAGAAAUCAAGCUUCUUCGUUUACAAGAUGAAGCCGACGAGCAAAUCCUCGAUUUCAUUCGCGACCAAGCCAUCGGCCACACCACGUCUGACGCCCAUUUCAACUGGGAAUCUGCAUGCUCACGGGCCGUCACCAACUUAGGCAUUGCUCUGCUCGAUUCCCAACGCACUUCAAUCCGCUUCAUUGGGCCGCAAAUCAGCCCCGAAGCAACCCUCCAACUUCUCGAAGCCCCCUCGACCACUCUGGCCGCAAUGGGCAGCCGCCUCACAAGCCUGGACAUCAACUUCCACGCCCAUGUUGACAUCACCGCAACCAUGUCUGACCUAUCACCCGUCUUCAACCGGUUCUUUACCGAGGCCAAAAACCUAGUCGCCAUCCAUAUUGGAUUUCCUGCCAAAGCCCCACUCAACUUGAACCUCGAAGCGAUCUUCCAUGGCAUCCGCUGGAAGACUCUGCGCACGCUGAGUCUACAGGGCUGGCGUCUCAGCGCAGACGAAAUUAUCUCGCUCGCGCGCCGGCAUCGCCAUCAUUUGCUCGAGUUGCGCCUCUACGCCGUCUACCUCCGAUCCGGCAGUCACUGGAGUGACGUGCUGUGCAUGCUCCGUGCAGAAAUGGAGCGACUGGCGCGGCUAGACCUACGCGAGAUCGACUACGCAGCAAACUUUGAUGCGCUGGCUAUCGACAGCGGCGUGGAGAUAUACGAUCCUCACCCCGUGGGCCCGGUAUCAUCGUCCGUCUCCGUCGCUGCGGGAACUUCCCCGCCGGAGAGACCCUUGCUCCCUGCAUUUGGGACCAAUGGCCAUGGGCAUCACCCCGCGCUAGCUUCGGGUGGGAGACUGUCGAGACGAAGGUCAUUGGAGAAGGUUCGGAGCUUGACCGUGGAGGAAUUGGGGGAUGAUGGGAUGCGUGUGCAUCGGGAUCAGGUGCAUCUUUGGGAAGCGUGGGUUUUAUCUGGGAUGCAGCGAGAGAUGCAGAAUGGGAAUUCUCAUUGGUGUUCGCGUUAG